GUGAACAGCAAGGAAAUGCACAGUGGAAACCAGACUUCUGUGUCUCACUUCAUUUUGGUGGGCCUGCACCACCCACCGCAGCUGGGGGUGCCGCUCUUCCUGGCUUUCCUGGUCAUCUAUGCCCUCACUGUCUCUGGCAAUGGGCUCAUCAUCUUCACCAUCUUGGUGGACACCCGGCUCCACCGCCCCAUGUACUGGUUCCUGUGUCAUCUCUCCUUCUUGGACGUGACCGUUUCCUCUGCCAUUGUCCCCAAGAUGCUAGCUGGCUUUGUCUUGGAUAGCAGGGUCAUCUCCUUUGGAGGCUGUGUAAUCCAACUCUUUUCUUUCCAUUUCCUGGGCUGUACUGAAUGCUUCCUUUACACGCUCAUGGCUUAUGAUCGCUUCUUGGCCAUCUGUAAGCCUUUACAUUAUGCCACCAUCAUGACCCGGAACGUCUGUAAUUACCUGGCUUUGGGCACCUGGCUGGGAGGUACCCUCCACUCACUUUUCCAAACAAGCUUCAUAUUCCGGCUGCCCUUCUGUGGCCCAAACCAGGUAGACUACUUCUUCUGUGACAUUCCCGCCAUGCUGCGUCUAGCCUGUGCUGACAUCACCAUCAAUGAGCUGGUCACCUUUGUGGACAUUGGGUUCUUGGCCCUCACCUGCUUCAUGCUCAUCCUCACUUCCUAUGGGUAUAUAGUGGUUGCCAUCUUGCAAAUCCAGUCCACUGAUGGACGCCGCAACGCCUUCUCCACCUGUGCUGCCCACCUCACUGUUGUCAUUGUUUACUAUGUGCCCUGCACCUUCAUUUACCUUCGCCCUGGCUCUCAGGAACCCCUGGAUGGAGUGGUCGCCGUCUUCUACACUGUCAUCACCCCCUUGCUUAACCCCAUCGUCUACACGCUCCGCAACAAAGAGAUGAAGGCAGCAUUGUGGAGGCUGGGAGGUCGCAAGGAUGUGCUGCCUCACUGA